GUGCGACAGAGAGGGGGGGAAUAUUUCGAUGAUAACGUUUAUAGAUAUACACCGAUCCACGAACUGGGUAUAAAGUCGGCGCAAGAAUACAGUGAGGAAUUCGCGGCGAGCGCAAGGAGAGAGGUGGAUUCUGAUGAGCCAACGCUCGAGAAUCUACAGUCAAUGUUGCUGCUGUCGAUGACAUACUACGCUAUGGGAUACGGCAAGAAGAGCUUCAUGCAGAUGGGCUCCGCGAUUCGAAUGACCCUCGCGCUCGACCUCCACCGGGAACUUCCGUCUACGCAUCCCUCCUCGCAUCUCGAGCAAGAAGUCCGCCGCCGUGUCUUCUGGACAUGCUAUCUCAUGGACCGUUUCACUGUUUGCGGUUCCGUGCGCCCACCCUGCUUCUCCGAUCGCUCGAUAUACCUACGUCUUCCGUGCACCGAGGACUCGUUCCGCCGCGGGAUACCUUCGGACUCGCCGUUCUUCUCCGAAACUGGCGUGGGAUUUGGUACGCAGAUCUCUAACAGUAAUCUUCUCGUGGAUGUGGUGCGUAUCCUGGGCCGAACGAUACGGUACACACAGUCCGGCGGUGUGAAGGGAGACUCCCAUUUCCCAUGGCAUGCAUCUUCGAAUCUCUCGCGUAUCCGCAACGAACUCAACACAUGGGCUUCUUCGCGUGACCUCCGGGAAGGCGUUCCCCCGACUCCCGACGCGACCAGCCUCUUUCUCGCCCGCAGCGUCUGGCACGUGAUCCAUUGUCUGAUGUACCGCAACUUCCUCCCGAUCGACCUCGCCGAGCUGGACGGCAACGGCACACAACAAGCCUGGCAGAUGGAAGCGACGAAAGUCUGUUUCCAGCAUGCGAACGCGCUUGUCGACCUGAUCUCCGUCGCCGGAAUGACACCCGCCAUCGAAUGGCCCGCCUUUGCCGGUUUCUGUCUCUCGACCGCUGCUAGCGUGCUCGUACACGGCGUCUUCUACAAGGGAUCGGAAGCGUUCCGUCGGUGCCGGGAAAACUUAGUUACGGUGUUAACGCAGGUCCGAGCGCUAACGGGGUUCUGGGCUUGUAUGCGGCAGCAGCUCUUCAUCCUCAAGAAGCUGUACCACUGCCACGAGAAGCUGGUGUCGUCCUAUUUUCCGGACAGGCGGCCGGCCAGCGUCUUUCACCUCGAUGACUUUUAUGACCGCUAUGCUGCGCAGGGCGGAGGCUUCGAGGCUUGCCAUGUUCCAUUCUUCGAUGCCACGGAGGACGACACCGACUUAUCAUUCCUGGGCAUUCCCGCGAUGAAGUCGCAGCAGAACACUAUUGGGUACAACCCGGUACCAUCUCUUUUGCACCAACAACAGCAGCAGCAGCAGCAGCAGCAGCAGCGGUCACAGCAGCAGCAAUAUAUAGAGGAAUACCCGUUCUCGCCCACCACACCGCAGGACUUGCAGUUCCUCUCGGUCGCCAAUUUCACCAGCCACGCCGGCUUCGAGUACGAAGACUUUGGUCAGGGUUUCCAGCAUAUGCAGCCGGAUGCGGUGGGCGGCGGUGGCAGCGGCGGUGACGAUGGAGGUGUCCAGGAUAUGAACAUCAUCGAGCAGGAACGUGAUCCGCUACUGAGUAUGCUAGCCGAGAUGGCGGAGAGGGAGGGCGGCUUCGACGGUGGAGCGCCGUUGAUGGAGGAACAACGGGUAGAUGAUAGUAGGUGGAUGGGAGGAGGAGGAGGAGGCGGCGGCGGUGGCGGUGGUGGGACCGGGAGGAUAGUAGUAGGUGGGGAUGGCAAUUGAUAGUUCGUCGGGGCGUGUUGAUUCUGGUGGGACCAGAUGUCGUCAGCCGGUAGGUCCACGAGACUCCGGAGCGACUCGACUCGA